AUGCAUGAUAAUGCAGGUUACUUCAACAGAAAAGAGAUCACAGAGGAAGUGAAAGAACUCUUAGACAACGAAUUCCCUGAAUUUGAACACUUAAAGAUAGUUUCUGACAAACUGGUGAGAAUGAUGUGUGGUCGAACCACAGCUGGACUCAGACAACUCGCAACACGGACCAUCUUCAAACAAGUCUUCCUCCAAAGUACCAAAUCCCUGGGAAAACUCCUGCCAUCCACUUCCUUAAAAUCCUGUCUCAAGAACGCAGACCUCCACCAGAUGGACGUUUACGACGAGUACAUUAAUCUGGUUCUGAACCGGACGGUUCUCCAGGCUCUGGUUGUGCGGCUGGGACUUCCCGGGGAUUCCCUGGUUAACUUUGAGGUGGAGCUUCUCCUCCACCAGAUGGCGAGUCGGUUCUCCGGAUUUAAGGUGGUUCCUCCCGAGAGCCCGUACAGUGGUGAGAGCGGGGAGAGUUCCGUGUCGGACGACAGCGAUUUGUCCAGCAGUCAGGAUGAAGGGGAUUCUGACUUGGAGUAUUGGUGACCAAGAGUUGUGUCCCUUUUGUCCUCAUUCAGAAAAAGAUACAUGUGUUUAUUUCAAGAGAUAUGGUGGCCAUAUUACUGAGUGUUAGAAAGAGUACAUGAAUUAGGAUUCUCUCAUUCCCAUGCUUUAUCUAGAAAUUUUGCUUUGAAUAGUUAAUGAGGAGUACCGGAAGCUGAAGUAAUGUAAAGUUCUUGGAAGUGUUUUUUUAACAUAAACCGCUAUGUGCUAAAGUUGUCAAAGUGACUGCUUAUUCCCAUUUGAAUCAAGUUAUAUACAUGCACUGGCUUUAUGAAACAAAUGUCGACAACUAUUGUGAAUAUUGUGACUCAGUGCUAGCUAAGCAUAGUUAUAAAUGCCAGGAUUUCACAUACUUAAUAUGUGUACAGUUGUUAUUUGGUUGCUGUAAUGUAAUAUUAUAUAAUCAGAAACAUUUGUUAGUGUGAGCUUUAAGUCUGUGAUGUUUUAAUAGAUGAUCUUUAUUUUAUAUGUUGUAGAUUCUUCAUUAGAGUUAAGCCCCUUUAACUCUAAUCGUGGUAUGAAUGCCAAGUAUUUUUAUUUUGUUUGUUCCAAUAUUUGUUCAGAUGAGUGAUUCUUUAAUUUGUUUUACAUAUGUAUAUAGCAUUUAUGAAUGGUAAACUUGUACUUUUUUAUUGAAAAACAAUGUGGCUCAAAAAAAAGAGGUCCCAUCUUUUUAUGUACACAUUCAUGAAUACAUUACUAUUUAAUAUUAUGACUGUAUGUUCAAGUAAUACAGGUGUUUUGUAUUCAAGGUUUCUCAUUUUUAUUUUAUUCUACACCUGAUUUUGUUAAAGUAAUGUACCUGUUUAGUAAAAUGAAAACAAAAAUAUAUAUUGGAAUUCUUAGUAAAAUCAAUCUAGAGGUUUUGGGAUUACCCAAUUUUCACUGUUACAAUGCAUGUACAGCUCAAUUUAAGUUUAGUUUUUGCAUGUCUUAAUACUUGUAUCAUAAAUGAGAAAACAAGCAUUCCCUAAAAUCAUUUUAAUUUUAUUUCAUCACAUACAUAUCAAUCUGUACUUUAAGAUCUGAGCUAAGAAUUAAUCAGCUAGGAGACAUGUUAAAAUCUUGUUCAAAAAUAAUCUCCAAGAUAAAUGGAAAUUUAAUUAAAGCAUCAUAAAGGGAAAAAAUUCAUAUGAAAAAUGUUAAAUUUGUUUGAAUUGUUGAAAGGCACGUCUUCAUUGUAAUCUGGUACUCUCUUAAACAUUUAUUUUGAUAUUGAAUAGCACUGACCACCAACCAUCAACCAAUUUUUCACAAUUGUACAUUAUCAGUACCCAGAAUGUAUUGUAUAUGACUAUAUCCAAGAAUAUGAUUUUUAGUUUGAUCUCCACCUAAAUAUACAAUGUGUUAUGAAAAACAUGUACUUAUUUGCCAUGUACUUCAGUAAAUGUUCAAACUGUUAUUUACAGUAUUAAAAUAACGAUCCACACAUCUGAAGAAUCAAACAUGAAUUUGAUUCAUUUUUUUUACAUCAUCUUAUUCAAAUCACAAUACAUUAUUUAGAAAUAAAAAGAAUUUGAAGUACAAGAUCCUCAAUAACACUUAAUUUAUAGAUAACUACCCCAAUGAGAAAGUAAUUUUUUUCACAGCAGCUUACUUGUGCAAGUAUUAUCCUCCAAUUUAAUUACCCUUGUUAGUGCUCGGUUUUGUUUUCAUGUUUGUGUUUUAUUGUUUUUGUUUUUUAUACUUUUGAAUCUAGACAUAUCAACUUCAUAGUAUGACAAACAACAACCGUUGUUAUAUUUUGUUUAUUUUUAUUUGAAAUGCAAUUC